AGAAUUUCUUGCGGAAGUCAAGGUGGCCUAACUUUCAGUGAUAUUCUCCCAGAAAACUCCAAAAGCUAUGACAAAAUGAAGCCACCUAAAAAAGACGGGAAGCCAACAAAAGUAUUUUUUCAUGUCACUGUAAUGGGCCUUGAUUCCAUCAAUGAAGGAUCAAUGACUUAUGCUGCUGACAUUUUUUUCGCUCAAACGUGGAAAGAUCAUCGUUUACGUUUACCUGAGAACAUGACUUCAGAAUACCGCCUGUUAGAAGUACAGUGGUUGCAAAAUAUGUGGAGACCGGAUUCUUACUUUAAAAAUGCCAAGGCCGUGACAUUCCAGACAAUGACUAUUCCCAACCACUAUGUUUGGCUAUAUCAAAACAAAGACAUACUUUACAUGGUCAAGCUCACUCUUACGCUAUCAUGUGCUAUGAAUUUUGCAAGCUAUCCUCAUGACACUCAGACAUGCUCUUUGCAGAUGGAAAGUUUAUCCUAUACGACGGAUGAUCUUGUCUUUGACUGGGACGAAAAAAUGCCUCUAGCUGUUGAUGACAAUAUUGAGCUUCCACAACUUGAUUUAGAGAAGACAGACAUUGGAGAUUGCACUCAAGUUUAUUCAACAGGAAAUUUCACAUGUCUACAAGUGAUUUUCACCUUGAAAAGGAGAUUGGGUUAUUACUUGUUCCAUACUUAUAUUCCUACUUGUCUAAUAGUAAUUAUGUCAUGGGUAUCUUUUUGGAUUAAACCUGAAGCAGUUCCAGCGAGGGUGACUCUAGGAGUAACAAGCCUCUUAACACUUUCAACGCAACAUGCCAAAAGUCAAGCAUCCUUGCCUCCUGUUUCUUAUAUCAAAGCAAUCGAUAUUUUUAUGUCAAGUUGCACAGUUUUUGUGUUUCUGUCUCUAAUGGAAUAUGCUGUUGUAAAUGUAGUUCUGGAAGAGGCUGAAAGUUCUGCAAAGAAAAUGAAUAACGACAACUUGCGAAUUUUUAAUCUUCAGCCGAAACUCCCAGGACUGUCUCCAGCUCAAAGGCGACGAAGAAGAGCAAUUAUGAUUGAUAGAAUGUCAAGGAUAUUUUUUCCUUUGAGUUUUGUAAUUUUAAAUGUUUCAUACUGGGUAUACUACGUUGGUGUUCUGUAG